CGUGUGUGAACUAAUCUGAGCGGAAGUACAAUGAAAGUCUCUUUUCCGCCGGCCAUAGAGGAGUCAUCGGCAGGGUAAGAAUUCCCGGUUGACAGUGUCAUCAACGUUAUCAACAUCCAUCCUAUGUUAUAGACUUUUGUAGGGCCCCAAAAGUACAUGUAAAGUCAGUUACCCCUGUUAUUUUUCUAUAGUGAUUAGUAUUGGAGACUAAUGUUAUAUUAAUAGCUAAAUCAAACGUCCCGGAAUCUGCAUCCCUCGACCGGUGCUGGCUAGCUAGCUACCCGUUCAACUCCAGAGAAUGGCAGACAGGCUACCAAUUCAACUGGGCCUGAACAUUCGUUUCACGAUAUGUUCGCAUUGUGUCUCGUUUAGAGAAACCCAUGGCAUUGAGAUGGGUAGUUUGUGUUUCGCUAACGCUGAAGUUUACUGCACUUGACAAUCAUCUAACAUGGCUACCUAGCUGGGUUGCUAAUGCUAGCUGUGUGGACCCAUGUCAUGUUGAACGCAUGGAGAUGACGCGUACAUAGUAGAUCAUAGAUUUUUGUGUACAUUUGUAGUUCAUGGUCUCGGUGACUGUCACUGAAUUGUUCAAUCUUAGUUAUGCUGUUGGGCGGAUAGCCUAACGUCUAGCUAGCUGUUGUAGCUAACGUUGGGUAUUGACAUAAGAUCCUGAAAAUGCCUGGCUAGCUAACGUUACCCAACUAUGUAGCUAACUAGCUUCAACUUACUAACAUUUUGCAGCUUGAGGUGCUCGCUAAUAAGGCUAACGAACAAACGUUACCUUUCAGGUCGGGAAUCUCUUGGCUCUGUCGCUUUGUGUUGUACUUAAACUAUGCUGUGGCGAUGGUUUGUUACUUGUAACAAACAUGUAGCCUAAACGACAAAUGAUUGACAUGUAGCAAGUUGUGAUUGAUCUGUCCGUCAAUACUAACCCUCUAAUCAGAUUGUAUAUUGUGUUUGCCCUGCAGCCAUCAACAUGAAACUGAAUCCAUUUGUGACAUCCUCGCGGCGUAAGAACCGCAAGAGGCACUUCAAUGCCCCCUCACACAUCCGGAGGAAGAUCAUGUCCUCCCCCCUUUCCAAGGAGCUCCGUCAGAAGUACAAUGCGAGGUCCAUGCCCAUCCGCAAGGACGACGAGGUCCAGGUAAAGAUCCCAGAACCACGCUGUUUCACCAGACUUUAUACAAAAAAAUUUUUUAAAAACCAUGCGUGAGGACCUACAUAAAACUCCAGCCCUGCAAUUACAGGUCAGACCAGACCUACCAGUUCAAAUUAGCGUUAGGAUUUUGUUCACGUGGGUGAUCUCUUUUUAAUGACGUCUUCAUUGUUUGUGCUGUGCAGGUUGUCCGUGGACACUACAAAGGCCAGCAGAUUGGCAAGGUAGUGCAGGUCUACAGGAAGAAGUACGUCAUCUACAUUGAGCGCGUGCAGAGAGAGAAGGCCAACGGAACCACCGUGCACGUCGGCAUCCACCCCAGCAAGGUGAGGCUCUAUACCUGUAGUCACACACAUGUACUUUGUUUGUUUAUGCAUAAUGUAUAUAGUUGUAUUAUACAUGAUGUCUGUACUGUGUUUGAUAAUUGUUUUAGUGUCAACUCAAUUUGAGUGGUCCAUAAUGUUUUUAUUAAAUCGUUAUUUUGUAUUGUAUCAUUGUGGAGUGACAAAAAAAAACCCCAUCUAAAUAACUACCCUUCUCAGCAGCUACCUGUUGGUGAUGGAAACAUGUAGGAUUGAUUUUAAUACAUGCAGGUUUAUCAGUGUCCAAGCUCAGGUGUCAUGUUCAGUAGGCGCCAUUGGGAGAAAAUGAUUUCAAACAGAACAAAGUUGCGUAUUUCUGUUGGACAAGGCUGGGUAACACCUCAGUUUCUAGACAAUUUUCUCCCACCCUCUGACUUUCUCCAAUGUACUUUGAGAAGGUGUGAAAUCAAGGAACGAUUAAUUGAGAGUUCAAAUGUUUCGGUAGGUUGCCUUGUGAGGGUAAACUGAGCGAAUGUAGUUAUUUGCCAUUCAUCACUGGUUUCAGCUUUCAGAUGUCAUGGCAAUGGGUGUUUUUCUGUUACAAAGGAAGAUGAGUUGACUGUAGUCAGCCUUAUUGUAAGUCACUGAAUGUCUUGACUGAUUUUAACAAUGUGUAGUAUGGCAGGCACCCCAUGUAUGCUUUGAACUGGGGAGGAAACAUUGACUAUGCUAGUACUCCACUUACUGCAUUUACCUGACAUGUAAGCCAUUGUCUAGGAUCAAUGUUAAAUUGUGAAACUGAAGAUAAGGUUUUAGCCUAGGCUACUCAUUUGUGAUGGUCAAUGCAUUCCUACUUUACUGCAGCCAGUCUUGGACAUCAGUGAUAUUAUUACAUUUUAGUCAUUUAGCAGACGCUCUUAUCCAGAGCGACUUACAGUUAGUGAGUGCAUACGUUAUUUUUUUUCAUACUGGCCCCCCAUUGGAAUCAUACCCACAACCCUGGCGUUGCAAACGCCAUUCUCUACCAACUGAGCUACAUCCAUUAUAUUAGUAGUAAUACAUCUGAUAUGGUUCCCCCAGUCUUGUGUAGAAUGAGAGGGCUCUUCUCAUUUGUCUAAUAGAAUGUCUCCAUGUUAUGUCUGGACAUGGAUUAGUCAUUUGUGAUUGGGAUUGCAUUCGGAAUUGCAAAUAAUGUCCACUGUUUUGCAGAAACUCACAAUUGAUCUUCUCAAGCCUGGCUGGCUUUAAAAAGGUCUGGCUUCUGGUGUAGCUAGACUAGUAUUGUGGCUGAGAUGUUUCUUCAUGGUAUAGUUUGACUAGUAUUGUGCCUGAAAAGUGUUUCUUCAUGAAGAGUUACUCAAUUUGGGUUUCACAAUCAGUUUUUUUCACCACAGUUUUUAUGGAAGUCGACCUAGAACCAAUCCUGUCCUAAAUGAUUGUGCCAAUCACAUCUCUCCUUUCCCUCUUCCCUGCCAGGUCGUGAUCACCAGGCUAAAGCUGGACAAGGAUCGCAAGAAGAUCCUGGAGCGUAAAGCCAAGUCCCGCGCUGACGGAAAGGAGAAGGGCAAAUACAAGGAGGAAACCAUUGAGAAGAUGGCAGAGUGAAAAUCUAUUGCUUACAAUAAACUGUU